CCCCGGGAGCGCACGGCCCCGGGAGGGCGCGGCCGCCUCCCCUCAGCGGCGCGGUGCCGCUCCAAUGGCGCGCUGUGCUGGCGGGCACGGCCCCUCGCGGUGACACGGCGCUGCCCACACGCUGCGCUGCUGCCGGGCCCGCACCGAGGGUGCCGGGGAGGGCGGCGCUGCCCGCGGCCGAUCGGGCGGUGAGAUGGCGGCGGUGCUGCGGCGCGGAGCGGCCGGGCUUCUUAGCAGACUGCAGACUUCUGCUCCCACAGUACGAACUCUAUCAUCAUCAAAGUCCUUCUCACAAAACAUUCCAAGCUGUUUGUGGAAACUGGGCCGACUUAAUCACGUGGCAAUUGCAGUGCCUGAUUUGGAGAAAGCUCAGUCCUUGUAUAAAGAUGUGUUAGGAGCCCAGGUGAGUGAGACUGUUGCUCUUCCUGAACAUGGUGUCUACACUGUUUUUGUGGAGCUGGGAAACACCAAGCUGGAACUUCUACAUCCUUUAGGAGAGAAAAGUCCGAUUGCAAGCUUCCUGCAAAAAAACAAGACUGGAGGAAUGCAUCAUAUCUGCAUUGAGGUUGAUGACAUAAAAGCGGCUAUGACAGAACUGAAGAAAAAAAAGAUACGAAUAUUGAGUGAAGAGCCAAAAAUAGGUGCACAUGGCAAACCUGUGAUUUUUCUUCACCCUAAAGAUUGCCAUGGAGUCCUUGUGGAACUUGAGCAAGCUUGAGCUGCAAUAUUCAUAAAUUAAACAAUAGAAGAGUUGUGAAGUUCCUGAGCUGGUGCUGGGAAUAUUGAUGUGGUAUUCAGUCUUUACAAGUUCAUUGAAGUUCCCAUGGAUGAAGUACAGCUUUUGAGUACUGAAAUAGUGAUACAGAUUUAGGGUCUAUCUUUGUUGUUAUUGCUGAUUUAAUUUUCAGAAUUAAUAUGUUGGCAUUUCUUGAAUUCUCUGUGAUUCUAAACACAAAUACAUGAGCUAAGUUACAUAAGUACCAUAGCAAUUUAUCUUUUGUUGCCUGUUUGCAGCAAGAUUUUACUUCUGUAGCCACAGAAACUGUACAGUUUCUAGGUCAAGCUGCAUUAUUUUGCUCUACAUUUCAGAGCAGAAACCCACUUCCCAGUGACAACAAAAUAGCUUAGACAUUUUCUUCAGAAAUAAAGGAAAACAAACCUUGUGUUUUCUCUUUUCACCAUUCACCAUCUGUGCUUCACACUGAUUGAUUGGUUCAUGCAAUAAAAACCCCAUAUAUUAUUGUAUGGAUGUCUACAAUCAGUAAAUAAGUUUUUCUUGGCAUAACAAUUACUGCCAAGGAAGUUAACAUGCACAAAUCCUCAUUUAUUUGUUUUAUGAACUUUGUGGAUAUGCAGGCAAUGCAAGAAGAGAACCCGAAAACUAUUUGCCUGACAUAUAUUUCAUACUGUAAUGUACUUGUGACAUUUUAGUUUUCCCAUUUUUCGGGUUUCUUAAAGUUUUUUUUUCCCAAGCUUUCUGCACAGAAGGACAUCUUGAAGAGACAUGAACAAGCAGCAAUUAACCUUUUCACUUAGUUUACAAAUAAGGCUUUCCUGUGCAGAAGCACUUACAGAAUCAGUGGCAAGCACACUCCACAUAAUUCUGUACACAGUUGUUUGCAUUAAAGACCACGCCAGUAUGCUGAUGUCACAGGCUGCAGGCAGUUUUGUUAACUUAUUUAUGAACAGACUUCACUUGAUUGGUGUAUAUUACCCAAGCAGUCUUUUCCUGAUGCUUUCUAUAACAGGUUUGUUUUGAUAUUUCAGCUGUAGAAAUAGAAGACUUACUAUUUCUUUAGUCUUCUCAAGCGUUAAAAAGUCAUACUUUCCUAGCUUAACUACAAUCUGAAUUUUAAAUUUUCCUACAUCUCUACAUAUGCAGUAAGAACCUUCAGCUUGAUAUGAAGAUGAUUUUAGUCUACAACUUUUUACUUAAUGGAAUUAUUUGCAAUGUAUGUCAUGCUUUCAGCAACAAAAUACAAAUAUAAUGUUGACCUGAGAUUUAAACAUGUUUUUAAAGACACUGACAUUUCCUCAUGAAUUUUACUUCUGAAAAAAUCUCUACAAAGCCAUGAUUUUUUUUAAGAAGAUAGUUUUGUACUUAAAAUAAAUACUCCUUCUGUCAUGUUUUAAGAAAAACACAGCCUUCCACAGGGUUCCUAAAUUUCAUCAAAUCACUGUUUAGAGGGUAGUUUGUAAUCUAAAUUCUAAAAUGCUUAAAUUUAGAAAUCCUAACACUUAUGACAGAAAUGCAGAAUGAUUUAAUAAUCCUGAAAGAUGAUUUGUCCAUUCUAGGAGACAUUCUAUGAGCAAAGCCACUUUUGCCUUUUCUUUCUGUCAAAGACAAUGAGAUACCUUUUCUGCAAAACCAGCAUAGGAAUGCCAAUACUAAAAGCCUAGCUGGAUAAGAUAAUUGAACACAAGUCUUUAAACCAAAUACCCUUAGUUUGAUGCAACAGAAACCAUCCUCCCAUGGUCCAUUCUCCAUUUCUUUGUCCUGUCUGAAGGAGAUGGACUUCUAUGUAUGGUAUCUAUCAACAUAUCAGAGUAAGUAGCUUGAGGUAGUGUCACAGCUGAGACAACCACAACUCACAGAGUUUCCCCAUACAAUUUCAGAAGGCUUUAAGCAUUCACCCAUACACACCACACCACUUCAGAAGGCUGCAAGCAUUGCCGUUUUUGAUCUUCAGCCCAACCUUUUAUCCCCCUUGUGUUCCUGUCUCACAGUUUAUACCUUUUUUCUGACAAUUCCUAAGGCAGAAGUCCAGAAAACACCAACACACACAUACACACAACCCCAGCCCUGCAAAACACAGUUUAGGGCUGCAAAUUAAUCGGUACACAAAACUGGAUCAUGUUCUUACAAGCUCUUAAAAACUGAUAGGAUCAGGCCCCCUUAAUUGUCUGGGUGUGUGCUACAGGACAAGAGAAUUUCCCCUUCUGGAGCUAUAGACUUAGAGAAUAGCCACGGGAGCUAGACAACUACAGGAUCUGAAGACAGCUACAACUGAGAGAAGGUUCCUGUUCAUAAACUUAACUCCCUCAGACUUCAGUGGGAACAGAAUCAGCCCCUAUCAGCUGUGUAAUCCUUCACCUCUCCUUAAGGCAGGCAGCUUUCACAAGUUGUUGUUCUGACUUACCAAAGGUUUGGAACAGGGCUUACAUACAUGGGCCUUACUCUUUGUCACUGCCAUGAUUAUAAGAGGGGAGUAACACCCAGAAAAACAGUGGAAUUUCAGGGAUGGAAACUGGGGGGGAAUGAGAGAACUGUGAUUUGUUCUUUCAGUGGAGGGACAUUUAAUGUUGUACCAUUAUACAACUUCUGGGAAGAACAACAGUGAUUCAAGUAACUGCAGCCUGAUUGUCUUGGAAGGGAAUUAGGAUCUUCUUUCUUGUUUUUUGUCUGUUUGGUGGAUUUUUUAAAACAGCAAAACCUUCUUCUCUGAUAAUGUCAAGCUUCUCAGAAGAUGGAGUGUUAGCAUUUUGCCAGUAAAUUUUCUCACUCUUG